ACAAAGAAAAAAUAUCCACUUCUUGUUCCUCUUCACUCCAUUUUAUCGUUUCUUCAAAUGGCUCAUCUCUUUCUCUUAUCUCUUCUCUCCUUCACACUCAUCUCAUCGGCUUUUUCCUUCUCCGAUGAGGAUCCAUUAAUCCAACAAGUCGUUUCCGAAACCAACGACAACCAUGUCUUAAACGCAGAGCAUCACUUUUCACUGUUUAAAUCUAAGUUUAAUAAGAUCUAUGCUACACAAGAAGAACAUGACCAUAGAUUUAAGGUGUUUAGUGCUAACUUACGACGUGCGAGGAGACACCAGUUGCUUGACCCUUCAGCUGAGCAUGGUGUUACCAAGUUCUCUGAUCUGACUCCAUCCGAGUUUCGAAGGACUUACCUUGGACUGUACAAACCUAAGCCUAAGCUUAACGCUGAGAAAGCUCCCAUCUUACCCACUUCUGAUCUACCGUCUGAUUUUGAUUGGCGUGAAAAAGGCGCCGUCACCGGCGUCAAAAAUCAGGGUUCAUGUGGUUCUUGCUGGUCGUUCAGUACGACAGGAGCGGUGGAAGGAGCUCACUUUUUGGCAACUGGGGAGCUAGUGAGCCUUAGUGAACAGCAGCUUGUUGACUGUGACCAUGAGUGUGAUGCGGAGGAAAAAAGUUCUUGUGAUGCAGGUUGCAACGGUGGUCUCAUGACUAGUGCCUUUGAGUAUACCCUGAAAGCUGGAGGUCUCCAACGGGAGAAAGAUUAUCCUUACACUGGCAAGGAUGGCAAAUGCCACUUUGACAAGAGCAAAAUUGCCGCCUCUGUAUCUAACUUCAGUGUUAUUGGUCUUGAUGAAGACCAAAUUGCUGCUAACCUGGUUAAACAUGGUCCCCUUGCAGUGGGGAUCAACGCUGCUUGGAUGCAGACAUACAUUGGAGGAGUUUCAUGCCCAUUACUUUGCUUCAAGCAUCAGGAUCAUGGUGUCCUCCUGGUGGGUUAUGGUUCUGCUGGCUUUGCCCCUAUCCGUCUUAAGGAAAAGCCUUACUGGAUCAUCAAGAAUUCGUGGGGAGAGAACUGGGGAGAGCACGGAUAUUACAAGAUCUGCAGGGGUCACAAUAUAUGUGGAGUUGAUGCCAUGGUCUCUACUGUCACUGCUGCCCAUACUACUAAUCCUAAUCUUUAAGAUGAAUUUAUCCCAUGAAUGUUGUCUGUGAUCAAGGGUUUUAUUUUACUACCACUACCCUAAUCUGUGUAAAUAUGUCGGUCAGUAAUGUAUUCUGAACUCAAAAGUCUUAGAUUUCAUAAGCACUUUAUUAUUGUGCCUCAACCGACGUACUGUGAUUUGUACUGAAGUUUAUACUGCAAAAAUGAAGUUUGAAUUCUAAGUUAUUUGCAAUA